AUGGAUUAGACUAAUAUGAAUCUAUACAAAAUACCUUUCCUAGAAGAAAUAACUAAGAAUGAAAAAAAUACAGUUAAUAAAGGAGAUUUAACAAUUAUUGGAAUAAUUGAUGCUUCAGGAUCAAUGAGUAAUUGUUGGGGAUGGUUGGCUAAUUUCUGGAAUAAAAGUAUUCCUAAGGAUAAUUUGAUUGCCAUAACAUUUUCAAAUUAUCCAACUGUAUUGAAAGAUAAUAAAGAAUUAUAUACUGAUAUUGGAAAACAUGGAGGAGGAGGUACUGAAAUAGUACCUGCUUUUGUUGAAUUUGAAAAAUAAUUAGCUAAUGUUCCUAUCGAUAAUAUUGUUACUGUGAUAUUCAUUAGUGAUGGAUAAGAUAACUCAGUUAAAACCUUGGAUACUAGAAUGAAAACUUAACUUAAAGGUAAUAUUUUGAAUCAUCGAAUCAACUUCAUUUGUUUAGGAGUUGAAAAAGGUUUCCCCACUAAUUUAUCAAUGAAUUUAAGAGAAUUAUAUCAUAGAGGAGAUCCUCAAAUACCUGCCAUAUAUUUAAUUGAAUAUUCUAGUGAGUAGGCUUUUUUCAACAAAUUUGAAACCAUGAAAUCAUAUUUCUAUCCUGCUAGAGUGUUUUAAUUAAAUUAAUAUGUCAAUUUAUAUCCUUAUGAUGAAUAAAUUACAAAAGAAGUCUUUGAAGGUUAAUGGUGUAUAUGUUAUAAGAAUGACCUUCGAAUAAUUAGUGAUAAUUUGAAUAUUUAAUUAGAAAGCAUAAAAGAAGAUUAAUUAGAGAUUGAAAAUGUUAUAGAUAUAUUCAGAUCAUGGGUUUAAAAUUUAUAAAUCAAAAUCAUUCAAUAAAAGUAACAAUUAACUAAUUAAUGUGAAAAAUGUUUAGAAAUUAUGAAGAGAAUUAUUGGACAUCUUAAUGCAAAAUUUGGAUUUGAUAUUUUAAACAUCUCUUAAAAUGAAAUCUUGAAUUAAAAUAAACCAUUCCAUUUAAGAGUUAAGGUGAGUUUUGUUUAUAAAUAUUGUACAAAAAUAUUAUUUUUUGUCAAUGAAAUUGAAGCAUUAAUUAAAGGAGUAGAUCCAAAAUAAUUAAGUGAAUUUGAAUAAGCAAAAAGAUUAAUGAUUGGUACAAUUACAGGAAAACAUUUAUAAAAGGCAUUAGCUCUAAAAGGAAUUACUAUAGAAGAAUUUUAAAAUAUUAAAUAGGAAUUUAUUAAUAUUCUUAAAAAUUCAUAAUUUAACAAAUAAAAUGAGUAAGGAUAGGAAAGAUCAGUUAUUACUCUUGAAAAUUAAAGAGAUAUAUUAAUAAAUACUGCAUAAAUGGAAGAGUCAAUGAAAUAUAUUAAAUCUUAAUAUGACUUUGCAGAAACCUUCCCUUUAAUUGGACAAGGUAUAAAAGUUAAAAGAUAUGAAGGAUCUCAAGUAAAUCCAUGGCUUGUAAAUGUUAUAUAGUUUGCAAAAUAAAAUAAAAUUAUAGACUCUGGUUACUUAAUUAAGAAUAAUUUUUAGAUUCAGUUAAAUGUAGGAGGAAUACAAUAGGAAGAAAUAAAUUGUAUUCUUCCUUUAUUUAAUGAAGCAGAUUAAGAUUUAUAACCAGUUUUGAGAUCAAGAAUUAUUAAAUUACUUAUGACCUUUAUGGUAUAAUAAAAUGUAGACACACUUUAUGAAGAAUCAUAUUUGGCAUUAUUGGCUAACUCUUUAAUAUACAUUUUAUAACAACCAGAUAGUUAAUGGAAAUUUGAACAUUUAGAAUUAAUUUAUAGCACUACUAAAAUUGUUUAUGGUGGAACCAAAUAAUUUGAAGAUUACUUAAAUAAAAUAAUUAAUAAUCCUAUUAAGGCUUUUUUCGAGAAAGAUUAAGAAUAUGAAUAAUUUAUUGCUUUACCAAAAGCUGUGAUCUAUAUAUUUUAUGCAAUUAGAAGCGAAUUGAUAUAAAUAUAAGACUUUGAGAAAUAUAUUGCUUUUUUAAUACUUUAUAGUUUAUCUAUACUUUAAUCAAGAAAUCCUAACUUCAAAAAUGAUUGCUUUAAGACCUAAUUAAGCUAAGAAGAUGAACUCGAAUUAAAAAUACACUUUGAACCAUAAUUCUAAGAAUGUUUAUAUUUAAAAGAUUUUAGAAAUUCUUUCUAAUAAAACUUGAAGAUCCUCUUAUAGAAGUAACUCCCAAAAUUAAAAGUCAGUAUUAAUCUAAAUAAGGAUAUACUUUAUAAUUCUGAUUAAAAAUUCAAUUUCAAAUCAAUUGAAGGUCUAUAUUAAUUAGUUUUAAAAUAAUAGUUUGACGUUAACUAGUAUAAAUAUUAUUUAAAUCAUAUUCUAACUAAUAAUAAUUAACAAGAAAUAUUUACUAAACCAGUAGAUUUUACAGCUGAUGAUUAAAUCAGAAAUUUAAUGGUUCUUAAUGAAUAGCAAUAUCAAUAAUUUGAUUUUAUAAGAGAUUAAUUGGAAAAUCUAUACUUAAAAAAUUUUUUUGAUACUCACAUAAUUGUUGCUCCAUUGACAAAAUAAGAGUUAAUUUAGGAAUGUGAAAAAAAAGGAGUGGAUGUCAAUUAGAUUGUCUUUAAUGAAUAACUUGGUCUAGCAAAAAAUUGUUGCAUGUCCAAACAAUGCCCAUUCUAUUUAAAACCUAUGGAGAUUUAAAUUUUUAGAAAACAUUUACAUAAUUGGUAAGAUCUCUAUCCAGGAGGAUUUCAUGCUCAUGUUUUACACAGGAUUGCAUAAGGAAAAACAAAUGAUGAAAUUUUUAACAAUGCAAAAUUGUUAUACCCUGGAUUUCCUGAGAAAUUUCAUGGUACUUAAGAAUAAUCAUAUUAAUAUAUUUAAAUCAUUAGAGAGUUUUAGAAAAAAUAUAUAGAAUAAUGA